AUGGCGCGGGGGGCCGUGCUGCUUCUGCUCGCGGCCGCCUUCGCUGCGGCUCUCCUGCCGGACGCCGCCGAGUCCCGCAUCCUCCUCACGCUCCACGACUUCGGCGCCGUCGGCGAUGGCGUCGCGGACGACACCAAGGCCUUAGCCGACGCGUGGACGGCCGCGUGCACCGCCGGGGACAACGUCAUCCUCAACGUGCCCGCCGGCGGGACCUUCCAGAUCUGGCCGCUCACGCUCGCCGGUCCCUGCAGGAGCGAGAUCAAGCUGCUCAUUUCCGGGGACAUCGUUGCGCCGGAGAGCCCCAGCGACUGGGGGCAGGGCCAGCGCAGCCAGUGGCUCCACUUCCACAAGGUUCAGGACCUCAAGAUCACCGGCGGGGGCAUCAUCGACGGCAGAGGGCAGCAGUGGUGGGCGCAAUCGUCGCUUAUGCGUGCGCAGCCCGCUCCCAAGGCUGUUCACUUCGAGGACUGCCAGGGGAUCAGCGUGAAGGGCAUCACCUUGCAGAACAGCCAGUCGUACCACCUGACGUUCACCCGGAGCUCCGACGUCGAGGCGAAUUACCUGAGGGUGACCUCGCCGGAGGACAGCAUCGACACCAAGGGCAUUCACCUCGUUGAUUCGUUCAAUGUCCACGUCAUGGAUAACCUCAUCUCCACAGGCGACGAUUGUGUCUCCAUAGUGGGCAACUGCGAGGAUGUUCGUCUAAGAGCCAUCUCAUGUGGACCUGGCCAUGGUAUCAGUAUUGGAACCUUAGGAGUAAACAACUCCGUUGAUUAUGUGGAGAAGAUCAAAGUUGACACCUUGUUCAUCUCAAACGCUGAGAACGGUGUACGCGUAAGAACCACCAAGAGUGGCGGUGGCGGCUUCGCCCGUAAGGUGAAGUUCGAGAGCAUCGUGAUGAGGAACGUCACCAACCCCAUCAUCGUCGAUCAGGGGAACUCCGACCAUCUGCCAGCUUCAUCUGAAGCAGUAGCACCGGCUGCAGCGACGGUAGUGCAGGUAGAGAAGAUCAACUACAUUGACAUCACGGGCACGUCGGCGUCGAAGCAUGCGGUCACGUUCUCGUGCAGCGACGCCAAGCCGUGCAGGCACCUGUCGCUCGUCAACGUGAACCUUAGCCGGGUGGACGGGAACAAGGCGUCGUCCUACUGCCGCAAGGCGUUCGGGAGGAGCAUCGGCACCGUCAUCCCGGAGUCCUGCCUCUCCAAGGAGGACUUCGUCCAGCACGACGUCCCGCAGCGUUCUGAAGAAGACCGAGAAGAAGAUUCAGAUUCGUGA